AUGAAACUUACAGAACAGUGCCCAUUCUUAAUACUAUUACUUAUUACACAUAUAUUACAUAUUAAUAUUACAUACACAACAGCAGAUAAUCAAACUACUAGAACAGAUUUAAACAGUCAUUGUGUUAUAAAUAAUGAACACACUCCAAAUCUUUCAACACAAUCUCCAUUAAGUAAUACUACUUAUAACACAAGCAGUAAAAAUACUUCAGAAUAUAGUAAUGUAGGCAUAUUAUAUAUUACAUACAUAACUAAAGAGCACCCAGCACAUGAAAACUUAAUCACAAUAACCACUUCAGAUACAAAUGCCCUAUCUAAUAUUAAUAUCAUACCAAGGAUAUACAAUGAGCCAGAAUGUCCUACAUCACAGUUAUCCAUUACAGCAGAGAAUAAUUUAGUCAUACUGGAUUUCAACGGCACUGUUUUUAUAACCUCAGUGAUGCACAACUUAUUACCCAUAACACAAUAUAUUCCAUCACAUACUGCACAGUAUGUCAUAAGUAAUAAUAGCCCACCAUUAGAUACUACACAAUAUAUCAUAAAUAAUAAUCAUCCAUCAAAUUUCAACCCAAACCAAAUCGUCAUGGGAUGGAAUGCACCAGAACCCGACUUAACCCGAAAUCCAUUAUUUUAUGAUCAUAGCGUAAUAAAUAAUGAUCCUAACUGCACGGCAAUAAAUCCAUUAAAUAUGACACAAUCACCACAAAGUAAUGCACCAAUCAUGCGCAUGCCACUACUGCCCACUCCGUAUACGCAGUACAGCAAGUGCACGCCUAACAUUAUCACUAACCCAAAUGGAAUGCCCCCCUGCAUCCCAGGCCAUAAUUUUAUCCCCCUCCCAGGGAACAAUACGCCAAGAUUUACGAGGCAUAGGAGCAUAAAUAAAAAACAGAAAAGUAAAAAUAGCAGUGAACUAAAUACACAAUGUGUAAAAAGUUCUGCUUAUAGCCCGACUAACCCGAAACCUGUGCCAGAUGAAAACCACACCACAAACACCCCACCAGACACGAGAACUACUGGAGUACCGCCAACAUGGAAGAACAACAGUAAUAAUACUGUCAAAUGGGAUUCUUUAGAUUGAAAUAACCCGAUAUAACCCGA